UCUUCUCUCCUUACACAUAGGAUCGCUCCUGAUACCCCUCCGUACUUCCCUCUCCCCGAGAAUCUCGUUAAUCUUCCUUCCCCCUCGUUAAUCUUCCUUCCCCCUCGUACUCUCCUGUCCAAAAGGAUCUCUCUGAUCCUCCUUCUCCCUUGAGUUCUGCGCCUAGUGUAGAAUUCUUAAAGGAAAUCUCCCCUCCUCCUUCGCCAGCGAAUUCCACGUCCAGCGUGGAAUUCUUGGAAGAAGUAAUCCCCCUUUCCGGGACUAUUAAAAAUAGUUUGUCAAAUUUUAAUGUAGAAAAGGUACCUUUUAUAAAAAUUUUAUGUACUAUUUGCACUGUUUAUAAAUAAAAAUGUAGUCAUUGCGAUUGUCGUACUUUUCCUAUGCUAUUCUUAGAUUAUUUCUAGAAUUCUUAGAUUACACAAUUUUCUAGAAGCGCGGCCGCAGCUCGCGCCUAUGUAGGAGAAGCGAGUCACAGACCGAUCCUCUUUUACGCGAGUCAGGAAGUUCCAAUUUACUUUCACGCGAGUGCAAAUGGUUUCUCACAAAAUGUGGAAACAAUUGUCGCGCGGCAACAUAGGAAAUUACAUUCCUUAUUUAUUGAGAACUGUAAGUUAAUCUGCAUUAGUGCAAGUGACCCUAAGUCUAUUAUAUAUGAAUCAUUUUUCGACCUCAACCAAAUUCUAAAAUAAAUAAAAAUAAAUUGUUUACUUGGUACGUUUAAUUUACUUGAAUUGAUCGAAAAAAAUUCAUUGGUUGAACUACAAAGUGUCAAAAAUACGAAGUUUUAAGGACCCAUUAGUCUGCCGUGCUACAAUAUAUUUCGGCAGUUUAUUUUUUCCUGCUGUCAGUUUCUUAAUUUAAUAAAGCCAAGUUAUAGAAUCACCCGCCGUAACGAUUAUCGAUAGCGCAAGCGACGAUUGUCGAUAGCUAACGAUACCGACAAUCAUCGUUAAGAAGUUAGAGAAUCCCGGUACAGAAGUGGCUUGUGAACUUAGCGCCACUCAUUGCACUGAUAUAGAAGGAGGAAACACAUUUUGGGAUCCUGUGCCAGCCGACUCUUGCAAAUUUUCCGACUAUAGCGUUUUAUAUCAAGGAUAUGCAGAUAAAAUGAUCGAUAAUAUAAAGGAAGGCUCACAAACUGCCUAUUCGUUAAUUGCACAGGAAAAGGUUUUCGCUUUUAAUAGCAUGAGAAAAUACACGACGUGUGGUUAUACGCUUACACGGACCGAACACCCAAAAUUAAUAAUUUUUGAAACUUUACCCAGCGUUGCAGUUUUCAAAAAAUUCGACCGAAUAUCUAAUCGCGAUAUCUUCGCUUACAUGAACUCAAAAUUCGUUUAUGUGGAAAAACACAUACGUACGCAAAUCAAUCAACUGUACAGAAAUAUUUUAUUGCAGCAAUGUAACCUCGAACUAAGAAUGUUGCAAAAUGCCUUGGCCAUAGCAACACAGUCACCCGAUAUUUUUGCUUAUCACUUUAUGAGAGAGCCCGGAUACAUGGCUCUCUUACCUGGAGAAGUAAUUCACAUAAUAAAAUGCGUACCUGUCGAAGUGAGAUUGGCACAGACUCAAAAUUGUUAUGAACAAUUACCAGUACUACAAGAAAAUCAAACAUUAUUUUUAACACUUCAAACACACAUAUUAUUGAGACAAGGCACACAGGUUACUUGUAAUACUUUUGCCCCGCCUAUGUAUCUCCUAGGAGAUGCUUGGUAUAAAAUUAUUCCGAAACCAAUAGAAGCAUCAUCGCCGACUAUCAUGAAACCGCUGACUAAACCUACGUGGAAAUACAUAAACCCUGGAGCGCUUGCCACCAGCGGCAUAUAUUCACAAAACGAUUUAGAAGAACUCAGAAAUCACAUAAUGUUUCCUGCGGAAAGGCCUUCAAUACUUAACACCGUAGCCAGAGGAGUAAUGGGUCAACCAACUCAACUAUACGAAGGAUCAAUCUCUAAUCUCAUUGGUGAGGCAUCAUUCCAGAAAAUCACAACCACCAUCUGGGAAAAGGUUUGGGGUAAAUUUUUAUUCUUUGGAAACAUCAGUGCGGGAUUAAUGGGAAUAUAUUUGUUCGCGAGAGGCUUUAAAUUAUUAUUGGAUACAUUCGUACACGGAUACGCUCUGCAUACCGUAUAUGGAUGGUCAAUACAUCUAAUAAGAGCCGUAUGGGAUUCAGCAACACAUCUUUUAUUACACUUGGGCAAAAACAAUCAAACAAAAAAGAACAAUAAAGAAGGUCCCUCAGCCCCAGAGGCCGAAGAAAGGGAGCACAAGCAGCCAGGCGGCAUAAAAAACAAAGAAACAACAUACCCUCUCCUACCUGCAAAAGAAACAGCAGCAUAUACCCUCGAACUCAGAAACUGAGAAAAGAAGGAGGAGAGGGGACGCAAAUACCGCUCUAUCCGAAUUCUCUGAUAAUCUAAUUACAUUACUUAUCUUAAAUGUACACGCUACGACGUGUAAACAAAUCUCCUUACCCGAAAUCACACGUUACGACGUGUAAGCAAAUUUUCUCGUACAAAAUCACACGCUACGACGUGUAGACUUAAUUCAAUUAACUCAAAUAAUCACAUCAUACACUUCUAAAAAUAAACCUUAAUGUUUUUAGAAACAAAAUGGAAAUUAAGCCCGUCGAUACCGCCUUCCUGACGCGCGGAUCUUUGAAAGUCAAAAUUAUCAAGGAGGACUCACCGACUUUCUUUUGGAUCCACAUUGACCACGCGAGGGAACAUUUAGAGGAGUUACUAGAAGACCUGACUAGCAGGAUGACAAGAAGGGGGCGGUUCCUACGAUUCAUCGGGCCCAUUCUACCCAAUGAACUGGUAGCAGUCCAGGAGGGAAGACUAUGGCAAAGAGGGGUAGUAACCCAUUUUAUAAAAAGCGAUAUCGUGGCGGUCGCUUUGCGCAACUAGGGCCGCGUAAUUCAGAAAUCCAUCCUCGAUCUUUAUAUACUGGAGGAUCGCUUCCGUGAGGAAAAUUGGGGAGCUGUCCCAUGCGGGCUUGCCCACUUUCAACCGAUCGGUGGAAAAGCGAGAUGGCCCCAAAGGUCCCGCGAACUCGCUCGGCUGCUAUUGGAGAAGCGAGAGGGAUGGAUGAGAAUCCUCCGCCCUGUAAGGAAGGAUGCAGCGACCAUCGCACUGGAGUUAAAAUGCGGGAGUGAGGAAGAGAUUAAUAACCCGCGAGAAUUACUGAUCCGCAUAGGAUGCGCUGAGUGGACUGAAGAACUCAUAAACUCCGCACUACCCAGCAUAACACACGAAAUUUGUUAAAAAUAAUUAUAAGUUCAAAUAAUAAUUAGCCAAAAUAAUUGCGAGUUCAAAUAAUAAUAAUUUGUUAGGAACAAUUAUAAGUUCAGACAACCAUAAGUUAAGAUCUAUAGAUUUAAUGGCAAUCAAUGAUGCUUUAUUGUUACAGAGCAAUGUGUAUUAUUUAAUAGAAAAACAUUUUAAAGGGAAAGAAUGUUACAUUAAUUUAGUAGAAACAUUUCUACAGGUAUGUAUAUAUAUCUGUAUAAUAUUUGUGUGUAAUGUCGGUUUAAAUUUUUCUUUGAAAAAUUUUUUAUGAAAACAUAUUUGCAGGCUACAUUUGAUAAACAAAUAGGGCAGUUUUUGGAUACGUCCUCGACUUCAAAGAAAUUUAAUCUGGAUCGAUUUACAAUGAAUCGAUAUAAUUCCAUCGCUUACUCCAAAUCAUCAGAAAUAGCAUUUUUAAUGCCAGUAUUUUUAGCAAUGCAUUAUGCUGGAAUCGAAAAAGUUCAAGAGAUGUUCAAGCAAUCAGAAACUAUCUUGUUAGAGUUGGGACAGUGUUAUCAAAUUCAAGACGAUUGCUUAGGUUGCUUUUUCGAUUUGCGCAAAGAUAAUACUGAUAUAGAAGAAGGAAAAUGUAUGUGGUUAAUUGUUAAAGCUCUUGAACUCGUAACUCCGGAACAGCGUAAAACUUUAGAAGUAAAUAUCGUUGGUUACAUGUGUUUUCCUAAACGUUGUUGCAUUAAUCAAUUUUCUUAUUUUUUUCUUUGUUUUUCAGGAAUGUUACGGAAAAAACAAAACACGUAAAACAGCUCUACAUUGAUUUGGAUUUGCAGAAUGCUUAUUUUAAACACGAAAAAUAAACAUAUAAUGCAAUAACUGCACUGAUAGAGAAAAUAUCAUACAAAAAUCUACAACAUUUUUUCAUGGGUUUAUUAGAGAAGCUUUAUGGCAGACGAAUCUGUUUUGGAUAAACAUAUCUUAAAUACUACUAUUUUAAGCAAGUAUUUCUUUUAAGCAUGUUUAACCUAAAUUUUGAGCAAUGUAAAAAAUUAAUAAAUUCUAUGUUUCCUACUGUUA